AUGCCCAACGUUGAGGAAUUCCAGCUUCAUCCUCUGGGUUGGGGGAAUGACCCAGAGGAGGAGCGCUUCAAGAUCUCCACGCUCGAUUACUUGUCGGCGAUGACCUACAAUAACUAUACUCUAUUCUUCAAGCUGGAUGACGCGGAGAAGAACAAAGUUGAAGCCGUACUGAAGGAAGGGCUGGAAAGAACACUCAGCCAGACAAGACAUCUUGUUGGGAUCAUUGAAAAGGACGAAGAGGGAGGCCACUCUUUUGUCAAACGAAAGGACAGCACAGUUAAGUUUGUUGUGCAGCAUCUCGAUUCACGCGAGGAUGGCUUUCGAUCCUUCGCUGAGAUCGAAAAGGCUCACUUCGUGUCGCCCUUGCUUGGCGAUAUCAACGUCUUGAGCAAUGCCCCAAUGACCUACGGCGAAAAUCCAGAAGCCGAUCCAGACAAGAGUCCCGCUGUCGCCUCAUACAAAGCCAACUUCAUCCCAGGCGGUCUCAUCUUCAAUAUGCACUCGCACCACUAUAGCAACGACGCCCUCGGCUAUGGCAACUUUGUCCGUCAGCUGGCCGAGAAUUGUUAUGCCAUCACCAACAAGACAGAUUUCCCUUCCUUUGACCCCAAGUGCCUCGACCGCAGCCGCUUCGUUUCUCCGCCUAUCCCGGAGGAGUCGCAAGUCAACGCACCCCCGCGGGCAGAUCGUCACCCAGAACACAAGGACUCACAGGCGCUCAUCUUUCACUUACCCAAGAGUAAGGCUGCUGAGCUGAAGAAGGCAGCCUCGCCCGUCGACGGCUCCUGGAUCUCCACGUAUGAUGCCUUCUCCGCUCUCAUGUGGCGCGUCUUCUCUAGAAUUCGUGCCCCCGUCUACAAUCCGGACCCGGACUCCAAGCCGCUCUGGGCCGAGGGUGUCAACAUAACAAAGCGUGUCAGCGAUCCUCCAAUGCCUGCCCGCAUGCAAGGCAACCUCUUCUUCGCUCCCAUGUCUACCAUGUCCACCAUACCGCAGUUGACGUCAGCCGAGAUCAUCUCAGAAGCGCCGCUCUCCAAGCUUGCAAGCUAUUCGCGCCAGAUGACCGACAGCGUCAUCAGCGAGAUGCUGGCGGGGGUGAUGCAGAUGCUUGCCCCUAUCCGAAACAAGCCAGAUCUGUCGGUUCGCGUCAAUUCCUUCCCGCCCAUGACUUUGGUCGUCACCGACUGGCGGGAUGCUGAUGUCUGCAACGCCGACUUUGGCUUCGCCAAGCCAACCGCCUUCCGCCACUUGUUUGGCAAGGCAUUGUCAGAGAACAUUGUCAUGGUCUACGCGCCACGCAAUGGACCAGCUGGUGACGAUGAAGGAAUAGAGGUGCAGUUUGCAUUUGAGAAAGAACUUACAGAGCAGCUUGUAAAUGAUGCAGAGUGGAGCAAGUACUUUGAAUUCAGAGGUAUUGAUUCAGAGUGA